CGUUCCUUUUGCAUCGGCAGUACGUCUUGUCGGUUCAUCGCGAGCAGACGCUACCGAGAGUUAUGUCACCUGUCUAUACUUUACGUAAACAAUCGGUGUAAUCCGUGUAAUAGUGGAUAAAAUGUUUUUGUAUUUGAAAUGUUUCCGUGAUGUUUAGAUUUAGGGAGAUAGUGUUUAGUGACAAUGAUAAAUAAUUGACUGUUUAAUAGUGAUUUAAGGAUUAUUUAGUGAAAAUGUGUGCCGUUUGGAGAUUACAAAUGUUUGCUGUGCUGUUUUUAGUUUUAUUAAGCCGGCGGGCGCUUGGCGAGCUGGUGACGGUGGAGAUGUACAAGCCAAACAUCACGUCACUCACAGCACGAGCCAUCCACGCUGCCGGCUAUCACUUACAUACUGUCGGACAUCUGACCAUAAGAGAUGCGCCGAUGCUCGAGCAUAUCAAAGUUGAAGAUCUGACUAAGAUGCCUAAUCUCAAAUCUUUGUACAUAACGCAAGCGCCGAAAUUGCAGCGAGUGGCUCCUCUACCUGCCUUGCCGGAACUACUCACAUUCAUGAUCACAACGUCGGGGCUGGUGGAGGUGCCAAACCUGAGUCACGUACACGAGAACAGAGUGAACACCUCCGCGGCGUAUCUUCAAACCAUAGACCUAGAAGGCAACCACAUAAAGCGGAUCCCGGCGCAUGCGCUGCGCGUGCGCGCGGCUCAAGUGUCACUGAACUACAACCUGAUUGAGGAGGUGCCGGCGCACGCCUUCAAGUUCGCGGAGAUUUCCAAGCUGAGUUUCAGGGGCAACAUGAAUCUGAAACGUUUGGAUGAAAACGCCUUUGCCGGCAACUUAGUGCUCCGACAGUUAGAUUUAAGCAACACCGCAAUUACCUCGUUACCUAUAAAAGGAUUAGAGAAGCUAGAAAUACUUAAGAUAGAGCGCACCCCCGCGCUCAAGUACAUCCCAUCGAUAUACGACUUACAGAGCCUGAAGCAGGCGCAUCUGACCCAUCACUUCCAUUGCUGCGCCUUCGCCUUCCCGGAGCGUCAUGACCCAGCACGACAUGCACUCUACGAGCUCUACAUGAAACAACUGAAAGAGAAAUGUGCUCAAAACGCGAAGACUGCAUCUGCAGAGAGAAGACAAAGAUCCCUGGAGCCUAUCAGAAAAGUCGACACUCAACGAUUAGUAGCGAAAAUUCAAGGGAGUUCAGAAGAAGACGAGUCAACAGCGACCACAAGUGAAGACUACUCGCCAAACACCUUCGACUUCGACUACAGUGGGGACGUGAGCGCCGAGUACGGAGAUGAGAUGUUUCACGAGGCCGUCAACACUACCGGCGCUGAGAUGCUGGAGUGCGGCAACUUUAGCGCUAAGUUGCGCGUCGUGAACUGCACGCCGCUCCCCGACGCGCUCAACCCGUGCGAGGACGUGAUGGGCUGGACGUGGCUGCGCGCCAGCGUCUGGUUCGUGGUGGCCGCCGCCGUCGUCGGCAACCUCGCCGUGCUCGUCGUGCUCCUCGCCAACCGCUCCGAGCUCACCGUGCCGCGCUUCCUCAUGUGCCAUCUCGCCUUCUCCGACCUCUGCACUGGCAUCUAUCUCUUCAUGCUAGCCGUAGUCGACCUGCAGUCUUACGGAGAAUUCUUCAACUACGCUUACGACUGGCAGUAUGGCGUCGGAUGCAAAAUCGCUGGAUUCCUAUCCGUAUUCUCUGGACAACUAUCUGUUUUUACUCUUACUAUAGUGACUUUGGAACGCUGGUUCGCGAUCACCUUUGCGAUAUAUCUGGAGAGGAGAAUCUCUUUACGAACGGCAGCUAAAAUCAUGAUCGGUGGCUGGCUGUUUUCUUUUCACAUGGCCGGUUUGCCUUUGGCUGGUGUGUCAGAUUACUCUUCAACUUCUAUUUGCUUGCCGGUGAAAAGUUCAUCGACCACAGACGCGGUGUAUCAAGGAUCGUUGUUCCUUUUCAAUGCCGUAGCGUGGGUGAUAAUAGUGGUGUGCUACGUGGGGAUAUACAGAUCGCUCGGAGGCGGUGGAGAGAAGUAUGGAGGUAGAGGGGCAGCAGCGGCUGCUGAACGAAGAAUAGCUAAUAAGAUGGCAUUACUAGUCGGUACGGAUUUGCUCUGCUGGGCGCCGGUCGCGUUUUUCGGAGUGACAGCGCUCGCGGGGGCUCCUCUAGUCGACGUGAGCCACGGGAAAGUGCUGCUAGUAUUUUUUUAUCCUCUAAACGCGUGCGCUAACCCGUUCCUGUACGCAAUACUCACAAAGCAGUACCGUAGGGACUUGAUAAAUCUGAUCGCGCGCAGCGGGCGCUGUAAUUGGCUGGUGGAGCGGUACAAGCUGGCGGCCACGCCCCCCGCCACCGCGCACACGCAGCCGUCGGCGCCGGCGCCGCUCAUCCCGCUAGUGCAGUACGAGAGGAGCACGUCGCAAAUCAGUAAAGAAAAUGGGGAAUUGCUUUAAAUUACGUUUGUUAAUGAUAUUUGUAAUUUUAUGCUUAUUAGAUAAUUUAUUUAUUAUGUUGUGUUUUAUUG